AGCAAACCACAUUCAAUCCUUUUCUGCCUCUCUAACUUCUCAUAUCUUCUCACAUCUUCUCGAGUCACUGAAACAGAGAACCCCAGAAAGGGAAGCAACAUGUCGACCACAAUUGACAUCACAGAGGAAACCAGCGCGGUUGCAAAGGGCAAGGCACCACUCAUCGCCACAACCACUUACAGCGACGGUUCCAAGGGGAACAUCAAAACCAAGGGCGCCGCCGCCGCCACCGCGGCCACAGGGUACAAGAAGGGGAUCGCCAUUUUCGACUUCCUCCUCAGGCUAGGCGCCAUAGUUGCAGCUCUCGCCGCCGCCGGCACCAUGGGCAGCAGCGAGCAGACGCUCCCUUUCUUCACUCAGUUCUUCCAGUUCCGAGCUAGCUACGACGACCUCCCCACUUUUCAGUUCUUUGUGAUUGCAAUGUCAAUCGUGGGAGGCUACUUGGUGCUUUCCCUGCCCUUCUCAAUCGUCCUCAUCAUCCGACCAUCAGCGGUCGCGCCCAAGAUGCUCCUCGUCGCCCUCGACAUCGUGGCUCUGACUCUGAACACGGCGGCAGGAGGGGCAGCGGCGGCGGUAGUCUACUUGGCACACAACGGCAACUCGAGCGCUAACUGGCUGGCUAUUUGCCAGCAGUUCGGCGACUUCUGCCAGAAAGUUAGCGGCGCUGUCGUGGCUUCCUUCAUCUCCGCUGUGGCGUUGGUGUUCUUGGUCGUCCUCUCUGGUUUCGCCCUGCGAAGGCAUUAAUAUAUACAAAAGAAAGAAGGGUGCUCAUACAAUAUGUGAUCCCUACCUUAAUUCUUCCAUUUUAAUUUUUAAUAUUUUCGAUUUCACUGUACUUUUGUUAAUUGUCCAUCUGAUUUUCGGGCUUAUUGUUGAGAAACUUGUAAUCUUGUGUUGAAUUACGAAAGCAUUGGAAUGAAAAAUCUGAUUCUGA